UUCUGUAGCGUGGCGAGGGCGGACCGUGUGACGUCGAGCCGAAGCUCUAGCUGUUUAUUGUUCCUUCCUGAGCACCGACAGAGAAAAACAGGCUAAGAGGUUGUCAGCUACGUUUUUUCACACGGUUACGGUCGGUUUUACGAAGGUGUAACGGUCGACACAGCUGACUGCACAAACCAGGGGCCAUGGCGUACGCGUACCUCUUCAAAUACAUCAUCAUUGGAGACACGGGUGUGGGAAAAUCAUGUCUAUUACUACAGUUCACAGACAAGAGGUUUCAGCCGGUUCACGACCUCACCAUCGGUGUGGAGUUCGGCGCGAGGAUGAUCACUAUAGAUGGCAAACAGAUCAAAUUGCAGAUCUGGGAUACGGCUGGUCAGGAGUCGUUCCGGUCCAUCACCAGGUCUUACUACAGAGGAGCAGCAGGAGCACUGUUAGUCUAUGACAUCACAAGAAGGGACACCUUCAACCACUUGACAACCUGGUUAGAGGACGCCCGCCAACAUUCCAACUCCAAUAUGGUCAUCAUGCUCAUUGGCAACAAGAGUGACCUGGAGUCGAGGAGAGAGGUGAAGAAAGAGGAAGGUGAAGCAUUUGCCAGAGAACACGGCCUCAUAUUCAUGGAGACCUCAGCCAAGACUGCCUCUAACGUAGAGGAGGCUUUCAUCAACACAGCCAAGGAGAUCUAUGAGAAGAUCCAGGAGGGAGUGUUUGAUAUCAACAAUGAGGCUAACGGUAUUAAGAUCGGACCCCAGCAUCCCACCACCAACUCCACACUGCCCAGUAGCCAGGGAGGCCACCAGGCUGGAGGAGGCUGCUGCUGAAGCCCCAAAACUCUCCUCCUCCUCCUCCUCCAGCCCCGACCCUUCCUCCUCCUCCUCCUCUUCCUCCUCGACCCUCCCUUGCGUUUCUACAGGACUGUCCAGGCUCACUAACAGUUUGUUAACCUCUCUCUCUCUUUACUGCUCCAUUAUGUCAUACCUCCAUCCCCUGUGUCGUCUUCUUCUUCUCUCUCAGCCUCCCGACUUUCUCUUUGGGUUUGGAGUCGACCCGACUUCCUGCAGUCUUAUGAGGACAGAGUCAGCCACCUUAUUCAGAAGUUUUCUAGUUCACCUUUAUGUUUUUUUCUUUCAUUAAAAGAGCAGAUUUUAAGCUUUUUAUUUACAAAAAAGGAAAACCGAGGCACCCUUCCUUCCUGGAAUGUUUAAUUCCGGCAGUUUAAUUUCUGCAUUUCCUCAUGUUGUCGGGAGAUUGUCUCACAGAAAACUGACUUUGUCUAGAUAGAGACGGGACGGGUUGGGGGGGUUAGAAAUGAAACGCUCUUUACAGCUGACUGUGUGGAAUAAAGCAGGCGCUGUGUUGUGUCUAUACACACAUCUGUACGUGUUUUUAAAGACGAUGUUGAUAGCGGGACGUGUUUCUACAUGCUGAGUCAGUGUUCACGCUGUGCCUGUGUGUAUAGGGACGAUGCAGCUAUUCCAGGAUGUCAGUUUGUGAGGUGUGAGAGGCGUUCGAGUCACUCUGUAUUUUCUGUCCAUAAAAAAAGAACGAAAAUGUGCAAAUCUUGUCAAUUUAUUUGUCUGUCCUCUCCCUGUUUUUUUUUCUUAUUUUUUUCUCCAUCAUGUUAUUCUGUUCUGUCGAAAGAUUUGUAUUUAAUGAACACUAAAAAAACAACAAAAAACAGAACUGGUUGUGGCUUAAAAAGUGUUUUAAAAUCGCCUGGGGAGAGAAUAAAAGACCAAACUGUUGAGCGUGAAUCCUUUACGGAGCGACACGAAAGAAAGGCUGAAACGUUGAGGGAUGUCGAGAGCUGCCGUUAUGAAGUAAAAUAGUUCGGAAAUGGAGGCUUUUUUUUGUUUUAAACUGUAUUUAUCGGGCGCAUUUCUGUGUAUAUAUGGCUCUUUAGGUUUCUGUAGCUUUUUAUUUGCUGUUUAAGGUGAAUCUUGACGUGUUGAAGUCGUUCCUUCACGCAGCCUUCUUAGCAUUUUUAACUAGCCUCAUUUAAACCCAGAGGUACCGAGCCGCUCUGCUACAUCAGGGCCGCCGGUGCCCUUUCUUUAAAUGACAAGUAUGAAUGAUAACAGGCUGUUAACGGGACCGUGCAGAGGCAUUCAAAGUCCCCCGGUGGAGAACAGACUCCGACUGAAAAUGUCAAAGCGUCUCCCUUUUUAAGCAAGCGGAAGAUUCCCACCACGAAUUAGCCGGCGGAUAUAUAACUGUUUAGAGCUUGAUCGAUGACUGCUGCAGUGUUUUUCGCUACCACAUCCCCCGACGUAAUGUAAUAGGCGCCGUUUUCCCGUUCUGAUCAUAUUCUACCGCUUCGGCUACUUAUCGUUCACCUCCUCCUUCACUUCCUCCGACCGUGCGGUAACGAUAGCUCUGUACUUUGUUUUUAAUGCCAAAUUGUUGUGUUUACCUGUGUUUUGUCAAGACAAAAAAAGGGGAAAUGUAUAAUCUGGCCUGGAAUCAGCUGUCUGCCUUAACCCUGAGAGAUUUGGACAGCUGCUAAAACACACGAGCCGUUUGUCUGCAGAUAGGCGUUUUACCACUAACUAACCACGUAGAUGCACACGUAGAAGUCUUAGAACGAGGCCUAGUUGGACUUUUCUUUAUGAAUCGGGGCAUUUGAGAUGAAUCUAAAUGUUGAUUUCUUCCCAUCCCCUCCACACACACCCGGCCUGCAUACGCCGACUGUAUGCAGACGAUGCAUACUUCUAUAUUCCUGUCUAUCUAACCUUAGCUGUGUUUUCUCUCCAGGCUAACUGUAUAUCUGUUUUGGGUUUCACAGCAGUGCGAGUGAAUCUUGUUUUCCUCAGCAGUGUGUUCUUCUUUCAUUUUCUUUUUUUCUUUUUUAAAUUCCUAGAUAUAUUCAGACGGUUAUUAAUCUUAUUCUGAUGCUGAUUAUUCUUUGUAAAAGCAACAUGUAGUGUGUGUGUGUGUGUGUGUGGACCCAGAGGGGUUACAGGGGGAGGAUCAAGCCAAACCUGACGCUACAUCUAUCUAUCUAUCUAUCUAUGGAUUGAUCUAUCUUAUCUAUGUGGCCCUCCUCUCUCUCGCUCUUCCUCUUCCUCUUCUUCCUGCCUCUCCUCCUCCCCCUCAACGUUAUUUGCUGUGUUUGUUCUUUGGAAAAAAUAAAACCUAAAAAAAAGAAAAAAUGAAAAUGCUAUCACAAUAAACUAUAAUAAAACAUUCUAAACUCUAAA